UGUCCUAAUAAAACAUUCAUACUUUUACACAUUUAUGAAAUUAAUACACUACACGCGUACACAAGUCAUUUUAAUCUUAGUUGAAGUGAUCUAACAUAAAACAAGGCUUCCUGUUCUAACCCAUGGUAUAUGUCAGAUGUGUGUUACAAAGUGACCGUGACACAGCUCCUUCACGAGGUAGAUUAUUAGAAGCCACAAUAAUCUGACAGUGAUUAUUGCCACUUGAUAAAUUAUCUAUGGAGGAAAGACAACGGUAUAUUCAGCUGUUAGCAUUUUCCUAUGGUCCUGCUAUUGACAUUCUUCAUUUGUUUUUUGAAAACAAACUUUCACAAAACUCAAGUUUCAUACAUUUUUUGGACGAUACGAGAAAUAAGCAUAUUCUUUUUCAUGAGUUCAAACCAACAGUUCAAUGUUGUGAGUGUAUAAAACUGUCUUUGGCUGCAGCUUCUAAGAGAGGACAUUUGUUCAAGAGUCAAUUUGAGUUACUUUACAUAGAUACGUGUUCUCCUCCUCCAAAUCAUGUCCAGCGGCGUGGUAAUCACAUAUCGCAACAUUGCUUAUGUAAAUAUUCUGCGAAAACAUCCGUUUCAAUUGAAGAUGUGGACAUAACAUUAUUGUAUGCAAUUGUAAACCACUGUUGUUCCCUACCAUCACAACAGUUAGCAUGGGUAAAAGAUCUCAAGGAAGUACGCAAUAUAUUAGUCCAUCUUGGCAAUGGUCAAAUAGAAGAAACACAUUAUAAGAUACAGUGGAACACAAUGCAGGUAGCAUGUUUAGGCUUAGCUGGUAUUAUAGGAGUCUCGUUUGUGCGAGUGUUUCGACGAGAAAUAGAAAGACUCACUGCUUGUUUUAUUGAUGCUUUGAAGGACAUUGUUAAGAAAUCAAAAGAAAACCUUUCAGAGUUGCAUCACGUUCUAAAUGGUGUAAAACCCCUGCAGACUGCCAUUGCCGAGUCUACCGAAUUUAUCAAACAAGUAUCAGUACAGCAGAAGGAAAAUACUGACACAUUGAGAGCACAAGGAGACGAUAUGAAAGACAUCAAUUUAAAAUUAGAUUUCCUUUUAUAUGCCCAAUUUGGAGAUUUGAAGACUGUUUCUGAGGUAAAGCGGCAAGAUGGUGACUCUAAAGAGGGGACAAGUGUAGCAGGCGAGAACACUUCUUCAGAACAUGACAUUUUAAUAAGACUCGAAACACCGUCGUCUUGGAAUAGAGAAAAAAUAGAACAGAAGCUGAAAGAGAAAAUCAACAAAGAUGCAAAUUGGUCUGAAGAUGAGUUACAUUUAGUAAGGUUUAAAUUCAAAUGUUUGAUAUUAACGACAAGAGCAUCAAUGACUCUAAUUAAUGAUAAACCUGCUCUAGUUGAAGCAAUAGGAAAAUUCCUGAAGGAUAUAUUCGAAGAUUGUGAGAUCGACACUCGUAUACCAGAAACAUUGUAUAUUACAAUAGAUGUGUACUGUACUAGUGUAUCAGGAAUAAAAACAGAGGAGACUGCAACAGAUUCCAAAGUUCUUUCUACAAAUUUAACAAAGAAGCAAGAAGAAACUUCAGAAGACGCGAACACGUUCGAAAAAGAUCAAGAAGUUCUGAAUGACAUUGCCAAUACACAACAACAGAUUGAUUCAAUGGACAUUUCCGACCCGGGAGAACGUAAGUUAUUAAUUAGAUAA